AUGACGGCCAGCUGGGCAGAGCGCACGCCGUGCCUGGUGCGCUUCGCCUCCGUGCGGCUCCGGGCGAAGAAGACGCCGCAACUCGCCGAGGACUUCUACGUGCGGCGCAUGGGCAUGUCGAUCCUGCAGCCGGCAGUCCCGCAGAGCAUCUGUGGCGCCGAAGGCGGUGCUCUGAACCGCUGCCGCUCCGGGUCUUUGCCGCGCAGCGCGGGGCUGAGUCGCAGCGGCUCCUCACUGGGCGGGAGUGUGUGCGCGCGGUCCAGAGACGCGGACGAGACAGGCCUAGAGACGGUCGAGCUCAAAAUCCCCGAAGCGCCGAAGCGUGACGCGGGAGAGAAGCUGGAGCGCGCGUCCGCGUGCCUCGAAGAGGAAGGCCGAACCCCUCGGCUGUCUCCGCAGGAGAGCUUCCGCUGCGGCUCGUCGCUCAAGCACGCCGGCAGCGGCAGAAUCGGCGAGGAGGAGGAGCGUCAAUGGCUCUUCAAGAAAAAGCGGUGUGCAUGCACCGUCGGCUACAACUACGACCGAGACGUCCUGCUGGCUGGGCCCCCGCGCGAGGAAACCGGAGACAAGGAAGACGACAGUCACCUCGCUUGCACAUUCAAGAGUCUGCAUCACGAGUUCCUUCUCGAGAUCACCUCGCCGGAUGCGGCCAUUCCCGACAACGAAAUUGUUCCCUACGAACACAAACCCUCUCACACCUUCUCCCGGAUCGCCUUCUCCGCCGCGGAUGUGAACGCCGCGCAAGUCGCGCUUUCGUCGCAGAUGAUCCGCGUCGGGAACGCGGCGCAAUUCACCGACGUGAAUUUCGCAGUAACCUUUCUGGAUCCAGAGAACUUCCGAGGCCGCAUCAUCCAGCACUUGUCUGAGUACACCUUUGCGCGCAAAGAUGGACUGAGCCGAUCCUUUCAUCGUCGGACUCUCAGCAACCUCGGCCUGGAAGAAGUCCCACCUCUCGGGUCCCGGGGCAUGCUCCACCACGUUGAGUUGCGCGUGCAGAACAUCGAAGCCAGUCUCAAAUUCUAUCAGCAGGGUCUGCAACUGCGUUUGAUCUCCAAACAAGCGGUACCCUCGUUCGGGCUCACCUUUUGUUUCCUCACCUCGGACCCCAACGCGAUUCCGCCGUCGCAGUUUGACCUGGACUCCCACGGUAAUCGUGCGUGGCUGUGGGAUCAGAAAUUCUCGUCCAUCUGCCUGAAGACCUCGGCGGACGCGAGCGCUGACGUGGCGCCGUACGUCGACCUCUCGCCGACCGAGUGCGGCUUCCUGGGCUUGACAUUCCUCUGCAAGAAAGUGAACGAGGCCGACUUGGAGCAGUCCCUCGCGGCAGUUGGAGCGAAGCUGGAGAAAACCCGAGACACAGUCUACGACUGCCUCGUAUACGAAACGCGUGACCCUGAGAACAUUCCCAUCCGCAUUCUCGUCUGCCCCGACGACUUGUGGACUGCGUGA